AUGGAGGUAUACUACCAAGAAUAUGACCCAAACUGUGCACCCCAGGUUGGAGUCCCAGGCGGGUCAGACAAGGAAGCAGUAAAAGCCACUGUGUCGACGGCUGCUGUGUAUAAACCUUCAAGGCUGUCGGAUUCCCUUUCCCCUUCUCCACGGCCGUUCUGGAAAAGAAAACAGUUCGCUAUUCCUGCAAUAGUGUUGACUACGGUCUUCAUCGCUGUUACAAUUGCAGUUGGGCUAGUAGUAGGGCUUAGAAACGCCAAAGGAGCUACCUCUCCGCCUCCAUCUUCUUCAUCGCCAUCAUCAUCACCAGACCGGCCAGGAUAUGGCGGCGGGCCUAAUAAGCCGAAAACAGUAGACGACUCCUGGGCGUAUAAUGGAACGGCCAUCUCGUCCUUAACAUACUCGCCCGUAAGGGAUCAGGAUAGCGUCGGCACGAACUACGUCGUAUUCUAUCAACACUCCAAUUGGGAGAUCCGGCGUUCAACCUGGAACAACUCCCAAUGGCAUGAUUCAAGUUUCGUCACAAGAGACGCCCACCCUGGCACCCCUUUAAGUUCCUAUUGGGAAGGAGAAGGAGAUGAUAUCCGGCUCAAUCUGGUCUACGUCGACAAAAACAGGGUCCUUCAGGAAAUUCGCGGGAGCCACUCCGGUAAUGAUUGGAUUAAUGGGACAUUGGGAGAGUUAAGCCUAGUGGUUGAUCCACAGUCAGCUAUAUCUGUUCAGUAUGUCGGCGGAUGCCGUGAUGUCAACACUGCAUGGCUUAUAUACCAUGCUGGCAAGAAUAACGAGGCACGAGUGCUUUAUUGGAACGCGCGAACGGACAGAUGGCUAGCGGGGGAGACCAUUGAAGAUGUAUCUGCCACGGCAGGAUCAUCAGGCCAAGCAAGUGACGGUACUUGGAGAUACUAUUAUGUUUCGAAGAAGACGCAACAGCUCAAUGUGGUGAUUUGUCCAGACUGUUGUUCAAAGCCCAAUACAAAAUGGGAACAAGAUAUCAAUGGACCACAAGUGGCCUCAAAAUACGGGGGUAUAGCUGUGGCAAACGUUGGAGCACCACGUCUACUUUAUUACUUUGAUGAUAAAGCAAUCAUCCGCGAAUUAAACAACACCUAUAAAUAUCCAGAUGAGGCCUGGAUAGAAGACGUCUCUUCAACUUUAUCGGACGGGAAUAGGGGAAUGAAAUCUGACACAAAUGCCACGGUCGGCCCUGAGGGAUACCGGGUCAUAAGCUCUGUUCCCAAUGGCCGUAUGAGCAUGGCUGCUGGCUUCCGGGGUAAAAUUCAGCAGCUCUGGCUCUUUUACCAAUCUAAUGGGACUGACAUCAAAAUUUUGACUCGAGAUGCGGAUGCCGCGGGCAGGUGGAGCCCCCCGGCAUCCCUCAAAAUAGGGGGAUAA